UCCACCGUGAAGACAUGACGUUCAAAGCACAGUAUAUGGAGUGUUGAAGUCAUAAAAAGAUCCUUUUUGAUCAAUUACUGAAGUUAGCGGCUUUCAGAAACUGCUUCCACCAGCCCCAAUUAAUUUCAUAAAAUGUUGGAUGUUUAUACUAAAGAUCUCAGUGAACAUUUGCCGAUGUAAUUUUUGACAUCGCGUCAAAUUUUGUUUAGUUUCGAUUGUCAGGUUAGCUACGAGGGUGACAGUUAUUUUGUACAGCUUUAAAUCACAUUAAGAUAGUAUAAGCCGAUUGGUGUUCUGAUUUCCGAAUGACUUUCCAGUCCAAUCUCUCGAAAAAAUACCAAAUCUGUGAAAUCUACUCCAGGACCUGGACAUCCUCGUGGUUAGAACAUGAUCAUUAAAAUCGCUUUCAGCAGAUGUUUGUUACACGGGUUAUAUUCUACUUUGCGCAAGCAAGAUGCAUGCGUGCCUCUGUAAACGUAAACACGCUGAAUAUUCCAUUCUUAUUGGUUGAAGUGCAGAGAUGAAUCUGCCUGUAGUUGGUAUUUGGUACCGAGAGUCUCGAGUCAGUCGGAGUUUCAUGUCGGCGGAGAUAACAACGGCGGUAUUGCUGUGUUGCUCGUGAAUAAUUUUAAGUUCAUCGAAGAAUUUGUUGUUAAGCCAACUGUGAUGAGAAUAAUUAUGAUCCGGUUUGCAGUCCUCUUUUGUUUCAUCCUGGGCGCGGCGACCUCCACAGAAAACGACGAUGAUGUACUUGUAUUUACGGUAGCAACUAAUGAGACUGAUGGUUAUAAGAGAUACAUUCGUUCAGCUGCUGUGAAUGGGUUCAAAGAUAAAGUCCAGGUACUUGGAUUGGGAGAAAUUUGGAAAGGAGGUGAUGUACAGCGAUUUCCUGGCGGUGCCCACAAGAUCAAUUUAUUGAAAAAAAAAUUAGAGGCUUACAAAGAUGAAACGGAAAAAAUAGUUUUAUUUACGGAUAGCUAUGAUGUAAUAUUUCUUAACAACCUCAAUGCGAUAGUGGAAAAGUUCAAGUCAUUUGAUGCCAGAGUAUGGUUUUCUGCAGAGGGAUAUUGCUGGCCAGAUAAAUCCGCGGAGUCUAAAUAUCCAAAAGUAACUCGCGGCAAACGUUAUUUGAAUUCCGGUGGUUUUAUUGGUUACGCAUCGAACAUCUAUGCCAUUGUAACCAGCUCCUCAAUCCAGGAUACAGACGAUGAUCAACGGUUUUACACCAAUCUAUACCUCGAUGCCGAAUUUCGAGAAAAACAUCAAAUCCAAUUGGAUCAUAAGUCGGAAAUCUUUCAGAAUCUUAACGGGGCAGUAGCCGAUGUUGAAUUGAGGUUCAAAGGUAACGAUGCAUACCUACAAAAUGUAGCCUACAAUACUGCUCCUCUUAUCCUUCAUGGAAACGGACACAGUAAGCUAGCUUUGAAUGCUCUUGGAAAUUACCUCUCCAAAGCCUGGAGUCCUGAUGAAGGCUGUAUAAGUUGUUGGGAUAACACGAUUGAAUUAAAUGAAGACAACUUUGAAUCAUAUCCUGUUAUUUUGGUUUCUAUAUUCCUGGUGAAGCCGACACCAUUUUUGGAAGAAUUUCUUGAAAAAGUUUAUCACCAAACUUAUCCAAAAUCUAAACUCCAUUUGUUCCUGUACAAUAACGUACCCUAUCAUUCUGAGCUUGUUCAUGAGUUUGUAGAAGGCUACAGUGACCAAUAUAAAAGCAUCAAACAAAUCUUGCCAGAGGAUGGAAUACCUGAAGUUGCAGCAAGGCACCUUGCAAUGGAGCACUGCCAGUCAAAGAAAUGUUCUGGCUAUUUUUCAAUCGAUUCUGAGGCCCAUUUGGACAACAAAAAUACAUUGAAACUGUUGGUAGAACAGCAGAGAGAUAUUGUAGCUCCUUUACUUGUGAGACCCUAUAAAUCAUGGAGCAACUUUUGGGGUGCUCUUACGGAUGAUGGCUACUACGCUAGAAGCACGGACUAUAUGCAAAUUAUCCACAACGAACGCAGAGGCUUAUGGAACGUACCAUUCAUUAGUGACUGCUACCUAGUUAACGCUUCUGUGAUCAACAACAAAAAAACUCGACCAUCCUAUACAGUUGGAGAUCUAGAUCCAAGCAUGUCCUUUGCACACAGUAACAGGGAAAAAGAUAUCUUCAUGUACGUUAGCAACCGGCUUGAAUUUGGACAUCUUGUGAGCGCAGACGAUUUUGAUAUCAAGCUGACUAAUCCGGAAAUGUACCAAAUAUUUGAGAACAAAUUAGACUGGCAACAGAGAUAUAUUCACGAGAACUACACUGAAAAUUUUAAUCCCAAUAAAGCACCCAUUCAGCCGUGCCCAGAUGUGUUCUGGUUUCCUAUUGUCACCACUCGAUUCACAAGAGAGUUGAUUGAAAUCAUGGAAGCUUUUGGUCAGUGGUCGGAUGGUUCAAAUUCCGAUCCCAGAUUAACAGGUGGCUAUGAAAAUGUCCCAACAAGGGAUAUUCACACGAACCAAGUCAACUUAGAACGACAGUGGCUUUACUUUCUCAAGGAAUAUGUCAGACCGCUGCAAGAACUCGUGUUUACCGGAUACUUCCAUGAUCCGCCAAGGUCUCUGAUGAAUUUCAUGGUUCGUUACCGUCCCGAUGAGCAACCAUCCUUGCGUCCUCAUCACGACUCCUCAACAUACACGAUCAACAUCGCUCUAAAUCGAGCAGGAAUUGAUUACGAAGGAGGUGGCUGCCGAUUUAUUCGAUACAACUGUUCGGUGACAGACACCAAGCCUGGGUGGAUGCUUAUGCACCCUGGCAGACUAACUCAUUAUCACGAAGGAUUAAAAGUAACUAAAGGCACAAGGUACAUUAUGAUCUCCUUUGUAGAUCCUUGAAAACUGAUUCAGCCCUAUACACAUGAAAUUCAUAUGCCUAUUGAAAUCUAUCGUACAGCAAAGAUCUGGGUAAAACAAGUUUUGCAAGUACAUAUCACUUAUUCGUGAAAUCUAACGCGUCAAUAGAUAUUCAAAUAUAUUAUCAUAUAGAAUAACUAAUGUUAAAACUGGCUCGCGACUAACAUUAUCACGGCAGAACUAAACUCAAGAGAUAUACUCACGAUAUGAUAUUGUUACGGAAUUACAUUAACGAACGACAAAAGUUUCCGGAGAGGAUUUCAUCUACAAUGUGUAGGUAUAUUAUUUUUAUAUUUGUAUGCAUUUUAUAUUGAAAUCAACAAAUGUUUCUAUGUACCUAAAUAUGCAUAGUUGGUAGCUAGGAACAAUUGUAAAUAACAAAUAAAAUUAUUGGAUGAUAAAUCCUAGAAAUAA